AUGCCCGUGGUCGGAGUCCUGCUCUGGGCCACCCUGCUGACUCUGGGCUGGCGGGCUGCCCAUCCCAAAGACCACGGCUUCGCUACCCCCAGGGUGCAGCUCUCCUUCAAAGAGCUGAAGGCCACGGGCACAGCACACUUCUUCAACUUCCUCCUCAACUCCAGCGACUACCGCAUCCUGCUGAAGGAUGAGGACCACGACCGCAUGUACGUGGGCAGCAAGGACUACGUCCUGUCGCUGGACCUGCACGACAUCAACCGCGAGCCCCUCAUCAUCCACUGGCCCGCGUCCCAGCAGAGGAUCGAGGAGUGCAUCCUGUCAGGCAAGAACAGCAAUGGGGAGUGCGGCAACUUCAUCCGCCUGAUCCAGCCCUGGAACCGGACACACCUCUACGUGUGCGGCACCGGCGCCUACAACCCCAUCUGUGCCUUCGUCAACCGCGGGCGCAAAGCCCAGGAUUAUAUCUUCUACCUGGAGCCAGACAAGCUGGAGUCGGGCAAGGGGAAAUGUUCCUACGACCCCAAAGUAGACACUGUCUCUGCAUUAAUAAAUGAAGAGCUUUAUGCUGGUGUGUACAUCGACUUCAUGGGCACAGAUGCAGCCAUCUUCCGCACCAUGGGCAAGCAGACAGCCAUGAGGACAGACCAGUACAACUCCCGCUGGCUCAACGACCCAGCCUUUGUCCGUGCCCAGCUCAUCCCUGACAGCAGCGAGAGGAAUGAUGACAAGCUCUACUUCUUCUUCCGAGAGAAGUCGGCUGAUGCCCCGCUGAGCCCUGGGGUCUAUUCCCGCAUCGGGCGCAUCUGCCUGAAUGACGACGGGGGCCACUGCUGCCUUGUGAACAAGUGGAGCACCUUCCUGAAGGCCCGGCUGGUCUGCUCUGUGCCGGGACCCGAUGGAAUUGAAACGCACUUCGAUGAGCUCCAGGACGUCUUCAUCCAGCAGACUCAAGACACCAAGAACCCUGUUAUCUACGCUGUGUUCUCUGCUUCGGGGUCAGUCUUCAAAGGCUCUGCUGUGUGUGUCUACUCAAUGGCUGACAUCCGCAUGGUCUUCAAUGGGCCCUUUGCCCACAAGGAGGGACCCAACUACCAGUGGAUGCCCUACACAGGAAAGAUGCCCUACCCCCGCCCAGGCACCUGCCCUGGGGGGACCUUCACCCCAUCCAUGAAGUCGACCAAGGACUACCCCGACGAGGUGAUCAACUUCAUGCGCGCGCACCCGCUGAUGUUCCACGCCGUGUACCCCACACACCGCCGGCCGCUGGUGCUGCGCACCAACGUCAACUACCGCUUCACCACCGUGGCCGUGGACCAGGUGGACGCGGCAGACGGGCGCUAUGAGGUGCUUUUCCUGGGCACAGAUCGGGGCACCGUGCAGAAGGUCAUUGUGCUCCCCCGGGAUGACAUGGAGACAGAGGAGCUCAUGCUGGAGGAGAUUGAAGUGUUCAAGGUGCCAGCCCCCAUCAAGACGAUGACCAUCUCCUCCAAGAGGCAACAGCUGUAUGUGUCCUCGGCCGUAGGCGUGACGCACCUGGCGCUGCACCGCUGUGACGUGUAUGGGGAAGCCUGUGCUGACUGCUGCCUGGCCCGGGACCCCUACUGUGCCUGGGAUGGCAGCGCCUGCACCCGCUACUCCGCCUCCUCCAAGAGGCGCAGCCGGCGGCAGGACGUGCGGCACGGCAACCCCAUCCGGCAGUGCCGCGGCUACAACUCCAACGCUAACAAGAACACGGUGGAGGCCGUGCAGUAUGGGGUGGAGGGCAGCACAGCCUUCCUGGAGUGCCAGCCCCGCUCGCCCCAGGCCAGCAUCAAGUGGCUGCUGCAGAAGGACAACAGCGACCGGCGGAAGGAGGUGCGCGUGGAGGGCCGGGUGCUGCGCACGGAGCAGGGCCUGCUGCUGCGCGCCCUGCAGCUCAGCGACAGCGGCCUCUACUCCUGCACCGCCACCGAGAACAACUUCAAGCACACGGUGACCAGGGUGCAGCUCCGCGUCCUCAGCAGCCGCGCCGUGCACACCGUGCUGGUCCAGGCAGAGACCCCGGUCCCCGGCCUGCCGGGUGCCCCCACUCCCCGCUACCAGGACCUGCUGCAGCUCCUCAGCCAGCCCGAAAUGGGACUCCUGGACCAGUACUGCCAGGGCUACUGGAGGCACACGGCCGCCAGCCCCCCGCAGCCGCUGGCUGGCCUCAAAGCCAAGGAGCAGCAGGAGCAGAAGAAGCCUCGGAACCGCCGGAAUCACCAGCCAGAGACCUAUGGGCAUACAUGAAACCAUCAUCAGGGACUUUGCUAGCACAGUGGUCUAUUUUUCCCCCCUUUUAAUAUUAAAAAUAUCUAUA